AUGGCUUUAGAUCCGAUUGUUGUGGCAAGAAUUGUUGCGCUUUUACAAGAUGGUCGGGGGCAACGUGAAACUGCAAGAAUUGUUGGUGCUAGUCUUUGUGGUGUGGGAAGGGUGUACCAGCGCUUUCUGGAGACUGGCCUGAUCAGGCCAGGGUGUGGGCGAAAAAGAGUUACCGCUCAACGAGAUGACCGUUUUUUGGUGUCCACAAGUUUGUGGAAUAGGAAAACUACUGCGGUUUCACUGCGAAAUCAGUUGGAAGAAGUGAGAAACGUCAACGUUAGUGUAUGGACCGUUAGAAGAAUACUUUAUGCUGCUGAACUGUCAUGCAGAAGAAUGGCUACAGGUCCCCGGUUGCAACACCAGCAUCGGACUGCAAGAUUGACUUUUGCCAGAGUUCACGUUCGUUAG